AAACGACGCGACAAAAAACGCUGCAAGUAAAUUGCAACGCGUAUGCAUCAACCUUCGAUUUUUAUUUUUUCCAAAGCAAGUGCUCAAAGCGAAGAUUUUAUGCUGAAAAAAUUCGUCAUAAGUGAAAGUACAGCGUUGAUACAAACCCCUUGGCUCAUCUCUGUUCAAAUUAUACGAGCUACAACAUUGAAAGAGAUUUCAGAAUGAGUGAUUACGGAGAUAACAUUAAAUACAAAUGGACGCCAGAAAGCACAACGCUGCUGGUAUCAGUCUGGACAGACAAACAAGUACAGAAGCAACUGGAAUAUGCCCAAAGACCUCAUCUCAUAUGGGAAAGUGUUGCUCGUUACAUGAGAAAAAAGGGAUAUACAGUAUCAGCAAAACAAUGCAGGUCUCGAAUGAAACAAGUAUUGGUUUGUUAUCGCGAAGCCAAAAGAGCAGGAACACGAGCCGGCGUUGAACAGUAUUACGAAUCCAUCGAUAAGGUACUAAAAGAAAAAAAGGCUGAAUCAAACGACACGAAUGGAGUUGAUACAGUUGAUGCAAUAGUACCGGUGAAAUCACCUCCCAAAGAUGUCAAAACCAAUAAGAAUCUGAGGAUGAGAUUCAAUAAGUACAGCGAGCCUAUCGAAUCUCUUAUAAGAACUGAAGCUCUUUCUCCCACUUGGCAUCUUGCGAAUGAAGAAGACUAUCCAGAUUCGGCAGAAUCAAACGAAACGGUGUUACCGUAUCGUACGUUUUCGCCGACUCGUGAUGCAGCAACGAACACACUGAACAGCCGUUCUCAGUUAUUGAUGAAAGGUACACGUCGAGCAGCGUCCCUCGACGAUCAACCAAUCAGAGAAGCUCGUCCGUUGAAUCCAAUGCCUAAUAAUCGUUUUGGCGAGAUGCUGUAUCAAAACGCUGUACAAAACGUGCAAAAUCAAAUAAUUCAAGAAAACAUGCAACAACGUAAUCUACUGCAAAGUCAAUUUAUCCAGUCGGAAGGUACGAGCAUGUUUCCACAGCAAGAUUUUCUGUAUCGACGUAACGGAAAUCGCAAUGAUCUGUAUUACGGGGUCGAUGAGAUUGCCCCGACCAAAUUACGUGUUGGAAAUCAGCGUGCAGACUUGGGAACGGCGAAUAACCCACGGAUCAUCGAAAAUACAGUAAGAACGCAAAAUCAGCUCCAACAAACUUGCGGUAUCGAUAAUCGCGCGAUGCCUCAAGAACCACGACGUGGAAAUUUCGCUCAGAAUCUCGCGAUGAAUUACAAACAUUACAAGGACGGACCACCAAAUGGUUUUUUCAUCGACACCAAUGUCACCGAGAGUCGACAACGCUCCACCAAUUAUUCACCUGAAACUGCGGUCAAUUUGAACGAAGCUUUUUGCCAAGUCAACAAAGAUGAUAAAAAUCAUAAUUUGAACGAUAACUAUGACCAACAACCAAUGGAUGAUGUCAUUCGGGGCAUGAAUGCUACAACUAUCACUCACAAUGCCACUUUCAACGACGAUACAAUUUCCAUCGAAUUCCUCGAAGGCUCCCAAUCUCCGUCUGACAAUGGUGCUACUGGCUCCAAAAGUUUGUCCGAUAAUUGUGAAAGAGUGCCCAAUGUUCCUGUUCGCAAGAAAAAAGUUCAGAAACUUGAACAGCUCAUGCUUAAUGCUAUUACUUCACAAACUGAAGUCGUCAACAAGAUUUUAGCUGCUCAAGACGCUAUGGUGUCACGUUUCCUGGACCUGGAUCGCGACCGUCAAAACCGGUUGGAAAAUCGUUUGGAUCAUUUGAUGAACGUCGUGUACGCGUCAGUGCUGAACAAGAGUUCUGAAAAAGAUAGCGAAUCGAACGUUCCAGCAGUUUCGACGGAGCCGGUGAUAACCAGUUUGGCACCGCCACCGCGUCCGGGCACGGUUCCACCAAAGCUCGAUCUCGUGCCACCGAAGCCAUGUCGAGUUCCUUGUACGACAUCGAACGUCGAGCUAAUAAAUCAAAAUCCCGUUCAGACGCGUCCGGGAAUCGUUUCGCCAAUAAAACAGCCGGGAGCGAUAUGGUCGAAACUAGGUCCGGUGUCUCAAUCGCCGUUUGUAAAAGCACAACAACAGUUGGGACUGCGCGGAAUGUCGGCAAACAGUGAAAUACGAACGCAAUCUUCAGCCGAGCGUAAAAUAUCACAGGAGAUGGCAGAAUUGUCAAUGGACCGCCGCGCGCUCAUAUACGAAACGGAAAAAUUUCUCGAGAUAGAAAAACACACGGAAGAACAAUCGGAGAAUGCGAAAAUAAUUACAAAAAUGGGCCAGGAAGUUGCGGCGAGAAAGAAAUUGUUCGAUUCGCGUCGCGAGCCCAAUCCCGGCAUAAUAUUGUCAGCUGCUUUUUUAGACGCGGAGCGUUACGUGUCUUCGAUCAACUGCGAUUAUCCAAAACUCGCGAGUUCUUCAAGCGGCGGUGUUUCCGGUGGUGAGGUCGACGACGACGAGGAGCUGUUGUUGCUGGCUGGUCAAGUCGACAACUACGAGCGUCUGCGUCGUUUGAACAUGCCAUCGGAGUACAUAACCAAGCCUUGUGACUCUUCCACACCUGCGAAGCUCCCGAUGCCAGAAAAGUGUUUAGACAAAGAGGAAGAGAGAAGCCAAGUUCCCAAACAAACGAUUCAACAAUUGGCUCAGCUCGUCAUGAAGAGCGCGCGUUGGAGGGACGCCACUGGGAACGAACAAGCAACGAACCGUUUCCCUCCAACAUUCAAUCAACGUUUGCCUAAUGAUUUCAACAUCCCUCCGCGAAGGAACGAGCUUAACGACGUUGCAAAAAGGAAUGACGAGCUUAUUAAGAGAGAACAGAACUUGCCAGCUCGUCGAUCCUACGCCGAAGAACUGGCUGAGAAAGAGAGUCGUAACAAGGCUCUUGGGUGGCUUCAAGAUCGGUAUUCUUACGGCUGCGAGAAUCCGAUCGUUCCCACCGAUCGUGACGUCGCAAAUCAUCGAGCUUCUCGUGAAGCUCCAACAGCUCUUGCCGCAAAAUCGUAUCCGAUCGGUUUCUCCAUGGAUAAUAUUCUUCGUAAUUCGAAUCAAAAUCGCCAAAUUCCUUCGAAUGAUCGUCGAGUAGAUUUUAAUCCCGAUAUAGUCGGAACGAAUACUUACGCCCGGAGAAACGUCGGCUUCGUCGACUUUGAUGAACCCAUCGUUGACAAGGUUCCAACCACUUAUCCUCGACAACGCCAUCAAACACACGAACUCGCCCAACCACUGUCCCAAAAGUACUAUGAUAAUAAUUCCGGCAAAUAUUCUACUUUGCCAGUGAUGCAUCGACACAUGAUCGAUCGUUACGUGCAGGGUAAUAAUCACACUAUCGCCCGAAAACUUCACGACAGAGAUGAACAGGUUUCUGACGAGGAUGAAGAAUUUUUGGACACUACCACGAGUAUGCAUCCGCAACCCCGUAAAACGUCACUCACUUCUUCGUCUGGCAAACCUGGCAACUGUGCCAUUUCAUAAAUAUAAUCCUUCAUUUUUUUCGUUUUCGUGAUAUAACCACCGAUGUGCUGAACAAUUCCAUUCUAUAUUCGUGGAACUAUUCAGUUGGAUAGUGAUAUUUAAGAUUUAUUAUUACAAUCCAGAUAUGGGCAUUUUUUGAAUGGAAAAAAUUUGUUAAAAUUCAUCAUUAAGCAGCGUGAAAGAUUGAUUUUUAGUCAGAUUGUGUAGCUUUCAUGUUUAUUUACAAUUUAUACUCUUUGAUUGUUUAGCUUUCUUGCUCAUUUCCAAUCCAUGCUCAUCUCUGACUUCCAAUUAGCAUUUAUUUCUACAUUCCUAGAACAAAAAGCAAUUUUAAUUUGGUCUCUGAUCGUAUGAGGAAUUUAUUUUUUUCUAGGAACUAAUUUCCUGUAGAGGAACGAGGCUAUUAUAUGCAAUUCUGAUCAGCACCCAGUGGUUCUCAAGCAAUCAUCAAUAAUUGAGGGAAAACUUGAAAAAUUUGGUAAUAAUGAACGUUGAUAAAAUACUGGGAUAUUUCGGUCAUUGAAUUCGAUUUUUUUCGACCUGGGCGCUUUCGAGUACUGUUUUCAAACAUUUCUCAACAAAACAGAAAUAGUUCGUUGAUCGAAAAACUACGUAAAGAAUUAUCAUUUUUCGAAUUGUCUGGUUUACUCAAGCCUCUUGGUAUACUUUGAGGAUUCGUUAUUUUUCUAUAAUUUUGAUCUAUAAAUAAAUGAAUUAAAGGUACGAUCGGUCGUGGGACCGAAGAGAAAAUGGGCCAUACGAAAUUAUCAUUGCCAUAUUAGAAAUGAUGCUCUAACGAAAAUAUGCUUAAAUUUUUUCGUCUAAUUAAUCUCUAAUUUUUUUUUUUUCUAAUUAAUUUUUUUUCGUCUAAUUAAUCAUAAAUUAGCCUGUAAUGAUUAAUGCAAUUGUUAGUACUAUUACGUAGAAACUCUUAGGAGGACGCUUUGGGGUCCAAGAGACCUGUAAAAUAAGUAAAAACUUGAGGAUUUUUGUUUCUCGGAGACAAGCUCGAUUGACUCUACGGCAUUUUGAGCAGAAAAUGAACUAUGCAUCAAAAGUUUGUCCUGGAAAACGUGAUCUUGAAAAAUAAUAUCAAUUGCAUUUUGACCGGGUCCCACUGACCCUGUGUACUCCUGUCGUUAUUCAAAUUUAGCUGUGAAAAGAAUAACUUGGAAAAAACGCAAUAUUCGUGCAAAUAAUGUCGACGAUUCAAGCUCUCUUUCGCUUCAUUUAAAAAUGAAAUAUAUAAGCGAAUGAGAAAAAAUAUUCUGGAAGAUGUGACGUGCAAUAAUCGUUGAAAUACGAAGGUCGAAGCGAGUGAACUUCUGAUUCUGAUCUUUCCCACAUCUUCUAAACCUGGCUGAUAUCGAAUUAUCAUAAAAUUGAAAUUUUAUAAUAAACUAUAACAUUGUUAUAUGAAAUAUUUGACUUAUAUUGAGCAGAGUUUACCUUAAAAGAAACAGAGAAAUAUCUUGAUCAUUGUGAUUGAUGAUGGGGAGGGCUUCCAGCUACGGUUCUUUGAUAGAUAAUAGCUUGAACCGUUUAUCCGUAGAAUAAGUUUGGACAAUAAUUUUUAUAUCAUUUAUACUUUGAAUAAAUUUUCUUCCACGAGUA